UCUUUCAGUGCUGAUCUCCUCUGCCUUUUGUGAAACAGACUAAAUUGCCACUCUCAACUUUUGGAGAGGGUCUUAUUUUUACCUUAUUUAAUUCUUGUUUUGUUUGUCGCCUAGAAGUUGUGACGCCAGCCAUCAGUGCAGUGCAGCCCACUCUUCUUCUCCUUUUCUUUUUCAUACCUCUGGAUCUUUUUUCUCUUCUGUUUGGAUUCUAAACUUUCUCAGUCUGGUACUUUCUUGAUUCAGAGAGCUCACCUUCCCUUCUCUCUCCCCCGAGUCUCCCAUCCCUUUUAGCUGUUCCUUUUUUCUGGCUAUGCACCAUGCUGUCCUCCCCUACAGUAAUCCUUCAGCCCUACGGACUCCCUGUUUACCCCCAGACAGCCUCCUGCUACCCCAGCAUUGUACAGGGUGCCGCUGCCCAAGAGGCGGGGCCAGGCAAUGGUGACCCUUCACUUUCCCAGGUCUAUGCCCCGCCUCCAUCAUAUCCUCCACCUGGACAAGGCCCACCCACACCUGCUGCCCGGCUGCCACCUCUCGAUUUCAGCGCUGCUCAUCCAAACUCUGAAUAUUCAGAUCAUCAUCAGUUGAGAGUCUAUCAGGGCUCUCAGCAUGACGGGACAGAGUCUAUAACUGCCAAUAACACGGACGAUUCUUUAGUGCCUGUGACAUCUGACCCACAGUCUCUCAGUGUUUCUGUGGCAUCUGGAAGUGCAACAGGAAGUGGAACUGAGGAGGAAGGAGCUGGAAAGGCUCAACCCAAAAGGCUCCAUGUUUCCAAUAUCCCUUUUAGGUUUCGGGACCCAGACCUCAGGCAAAUGUUUGGGCAAUUUGGCAAGAUUCUAGACGUGGAGAUCAUCUUUAAUGAGAGAGGAUCAAAGGGUUUUGGAUUUGUGACAUUUGAAAGUGCAGUGGAAGCAGAUCGAGCGAGAGAGAAGCUCAACGGAACAAUCGUCGAAGGAAGGAAGAUUGAGGUGAACAACGCCACAGCGAGGGUGGUAACAAAAAAGCCUCAGACGCCAUUAGUGAAUGCUACUGGGUGGAAAAUCAAUCCAGUAAUGGGAGCCAUGUACGCCCCUGAACUUUACACAGUCACCAGCUUUCCUUACCCUGUUCCCACACCGACCUUGGCCUACAGAGGCUCUGCCCUCCGUGGACGUGGUCGGGCAGUUUACAGUACAAUCCGUUCAGCUGCAGCCGCCGCCACACCAGCCGCAGUACCAGCCUAUCCAGGAGUGGUGUAUCAAGAUGGAUUGUAUGGUGCUGAGGUCUAUGGAGGAUAUCCAGCCACAUAUCGAGUGGCCCAGUCCGCCUCAGCAGCUGCAGCAGCCACAUACAGUGAUGGAUACGGAAGAGUGUAUGCCACAGCAACAGACCCCUACCAUCACUCAGUGGGACCCACCACCACUUAUGGAAUUGGAACAAUGGCAAGUUUGUACCGUGGAGGCUACAACCGCUUUACUCCGUACUGAAUAAAAUCAGCUCUGUGACUCACGUCUGACAAACGAAGAGACUUUCGCUUGCUGUGUGAACUGCUAUCUGCUGAGGAACCGUUUGGUCUUGACAUUGUAAAAACUGCUAGGAUUUAUUAGGGAAAAAAUGUGAAUCCAGGCUGAAAAUAUAAUGAAUUAUAUUUAAGGACUUUUAUUUAAUUCUUAAUUUAAGAAAAUACCCCACCC